AUGCUGGCAUACUUUAAUGCGACGACAACCGAUAAUGCACGUCUGAAAUUUCAUUGUUCUUUAUAUUCUCUGCAGAGAAAAAUUGUGCAAGGCCUCAGGUACGCGGAUGAACAGGCAAAGCGUACUCAACCUCCGCCGGACAUACCGGGAGGCCCGUAUCACAAAACUUCGCAAAUUUACUACUACCUCCGAGAUGCGAGACGUGAAGUUCAACAACCGAUGUUGAUUGCUGGCUCGAAGCAAAUUGGUACAGAGAAGAAGCCUCUUACCGACCAGAAAUACAUUACCCCGGGGAAAACUUAUAAUUUCUGAGUUCUGAACUUCUCAGAGUCUCAAGUCUAGCUGUUGGUUGCCUCGUGCUGCAAACACAUUGAUUAAUAUUGUUCAAUGACAAGUUUGCUUAGCUACUGUACAUAGAGAAUAAAUUAAACUGUUUUUUUCGUU